UCUUGUUGGGGUGUGGCUGUGAUGCAGUCACCAUAGCGACCCGUUAAAGAAGCUGGUUUGCGGUAGCUGGCUCUGGAGCUUUCUGUCUUUUUCCGUUCAGGGUAGCUGGCCUGCCAGGAUUUUACCUGUAGGAUGAAGCAGAGACCUGGUCUUUGCAGGAAGCGGGUGAUGGCCUAGGCCCCUAGGCCUCGAGUGGAGAGAGCCCAGAGGGCUUACGGUGGCUCGCUUUUACCACAGGAGCGGGGGACACGGCUCAGCCCGUCCCUCCCAGUGCCACUUCCUUUGUGAGCCUGCCGGCCUGCUCCUCGCACUCUGGAACUUGUCGCGGGCGCUCCCCGGACGAGUGUGGGAGCGGGGUGGGGGGGGACCCCGUGCCGGGUACUUCUGCUGAUCAUCUUGCACUCACAAAUCCGAACAACUGACCGAGGAUUUCCAGACACUGGAGGAAAACCAAGAGCUUGAGAGAGAACAAGAAACUUCAGGAGUCCCCCUUGAGUGGCGCCAAUGCCUCGGCAUUAGAGAAAGAGAUUGGUCCAGAACAGUUUCCAGUCAAUGAGCACUAUUUUGGAUUAGUCAAUAACUUUUUGACAACUACAUGCAACAAGAUGCCCAUGAAUUCUUAAAUUACCUACUAAAUACAAUUGCUGAUAUUUUACAAGAAGAGAGAAAGCAGGAAAAGCAAAAUGGCCGUUUACCUAAUGGUAAUAUCGACAGCGAAAAUAACAGCAGCCCACCAGACCCGACGUGGGUUCAUGAGAUUUUUCAGGGAACAUUAACAAAUGAAACCAGAUGUCUUACUUGUGAAACCAUAAGCAGCAAAGAUGAAGAUUUUUUAGACCUUUCUGUUGACGUGGAACAAAACACAUCGAUCACUCACUGCUUAAGGGGUUUUAGCAACACAGAAACUCUGUGCAGUGAAUACAAAUAUUACUGUGAAGAAUGUCGCAGCAAACAGGAGGCACACAAACGGAUGAAAGUUAAAAAACUGCCCAUGAUUCUAGCUCUGCACCUGAAGAGGUUUAAGUACAUGGAUCAACUUCAUCGAUACACAAAACUGUCUUACCGGGUAGUUUUUCCUUUAGAACUUCGUCUGUUUAACACCUCUGGCGACGCAACCAAUCCUGACAGAAUGUACGACCUCGUCGCCGUGGUGGUUCACUGUGGAAGUGGUCCCAAUCGAGGACAUUAUAUCGCAAUAGUUAAGAGUCAUGAUUUUUGGUUGUUGUUUGAUGACGACAUUGUAGAAAAAAUUGAUGCGCAAGCUAUUGAAGAAUUCUACGGGUUGACAUCAGAUAUCUCAAAGAACUCUGAGUCUGGUUACAUCCUUUUCUAUCAGUCUCGGGACUGAGGGGGACCGUGAUGAAGAGAUACUUUCUGCCUCAUUUCUUCUCUGGUUACUUUGCAAAGGAUCAAGCACUGAUGUUUCAAGAAAAGAGAAAUGCAGGAAGCUCAGGGGGCAGUAGCACACUUUGCACACAAUAAAGCAAAGACUGUGGAUUCA